AUGGCUAGUUUUUUCAAUAGGUCUCCAAAACAUCAACAUAUUCAAGAUGUAUCAGAUAUCUCCCAAUCUAUGGAAAACGUAUCAAUUACAAGCAACAACAUGAUGGAUAUAGAUACCAGUUAUGUAUCAAGUAAACCCCAAUAUAACAAUACUACUCAAUUUAACAAAGAAAAUAUCACGCCCUUGAGUUCUCCUACUAAAUCUGUGCUCCAGAAUUCUCCAAAUGCUGCUCAUAAGUAUAACAAAUAUUAUCAUCAACAAGCACCUCCAACACCUCAACACCCUUACCACCAACAAUUGCAACUGCAACAACAACAACAACAGCAACAGCCAUUGACUCCAAAUGCAUACUAUCAAGAUCAAAAGACAACUGCUUUGCAAAAUAACAUAACUAAAUUACAACCACGUCAAGACAAUAGACAUAAGUUAACUGAUGAAGAGUUUCGUAAAAAGGCAAACAGUUCGAGAACUAAAAGAUUGACAUCAGUUGCACAAUUGUAUUUCUUGGAUUAUUAUUGUGAUAUGUUUGAUUAUGUCAUUAGUAGAAAAGAAAGAACUGAAUCUAUGGAAAGAACAUUAUUAACUGAUGAAAAUUAUAAAAAUCAACCUCAAAAACAACAAAUGGAAUGGAAGAAUUAUAUCGGUAGAGAAAGAGCAUUAUUACGUAAAAGAAGAUUGAAACCAAAACACAAAGAUUUUGAAAUGAUUACUCAAGUUGGUCAAGGUGGGUAUGGUCAAGUUUUCUUAGCUAGAAAGAAAGACACCCGAGAAAUUUGUGCCUUGAAAGUGUUGAACAAGAAAUUAUUGGUGAAAUUAGACGAAACAAGACAUGUUUUAACUGAAAGAGAUAUCUUGACCAAUACAAGAAGUGAAUGGUUAGUCAAAUUGUUGUAUGCUUUUCAAGAUCCCGAGAAGGUAUUCCUUGCUAUGGAAUUUGUACCUGGUGGUGAUUUCAGAACUUUAUUGAACAAUACUGGAUACUUAAUCCCUCCUCAUGCAAGAUUCUAUAUAAGUGAAAUGUUUGCUGCAGUUAACUCUUUACAUGAAUUGGGAUUUACUCACCGUGAUUUGAAACCUGAGAAUUUCUUGAUCGAUUCAAAGGGGCAUAUUAAAUUGACUGAUUUUGGUUUAGCUGCCGGUACUGUUUCUAAUGAUAGAAUCGAAUCCAUGAGAAUAAAAUUGAAAAGUUUGGAAGAUUUGGAGAAUUAUCAAUUACCAAGUAGAUCAAUGUAUGAAAGACAGAAAAUAUUCAAACAAAGUCAAGAUGCUCAUCAUAAUUUAGCAAACUCCAUUGUUGGUUCUCCUGAUUAUAUGGCAUUAGAAGUUUUGGAAGGUAAGAAUUAUGAUUACACUAUUGAUUAUUGGUCCUUGGGAUGUAUGUUGUUUGAAGCAUUAUGUGGAUACCCACCAUUCUCUGGUUCAAAACAAGAUGAAACUUAUCACAACUUGAAACAUUGGAAAACCGCAUUGAGAAGACCACAAACUAAAGAUGGUAGAUAUGUAUUCAGUGAUAGAACUUGGAAUUUAAUUAUCAAACUUAUUGCUUCACCAAGUACUAGAUUGAAGAAUUUCAAACAAGUUCAACAAAUGAGCUAUUUCAAUGAUAUCAAAGAUUGGAAUAACUUAAGAGAAAGAACCCCGCCUUUCACUCCUCAAUUGGACAAUGAAGAAGAUGCUGGUUACUUUGACGAUUUCGAGGAUGAGGAAAUGAUGAUGAAGUAUAAAGAUGUCUUUGCUAGACAAGAACAUAAUGAACAAUUAUUAGAGAAAUCAGGGGGUGCUAAGGGUCAACAAUAUAACUUUAUUGGUUUUACUUUCAAACAUAAAUCUAAUCCAAAUAAUAAUUUCGGCAAUGCUGAAAUUAACUUGUUAAACAUCAACAGUGCUGGUCAAAAUGGUAGAUCAUCAAGAUUGAAUCCUUUGGCUACUUUAUAUUAG